UGCGGCGGCAGUGGCGGCGGCGGCGGCGGCGGAUCGGGGGGUGGGGGGGCCGCCGGCGCGCGUCUGUUUGUAAGAUUAAUACUGAGACCGCGUCCGACCCCCUCCGCCGAGACCCCCCACCCAGCCCCCAGCCCACCCCCUGCACACGCCCCCCACCCAAAACCCAGCCUCCUACGGCACCAUCCCGGCACCCGAGAAGAUUACCCCCCUUUGCCCUCUCUCCCACCCACCCCCCAAAAAGAGAAGAUCCCCUCCCCUGGCCCACCCCUUCCCCUCUUCCCUCCCCCCUCCCCCCGAACUUUCCCUCUCGCAUGCUUUUCCCCUGCACCACGGAUCGCCUCUCGGAUGCCGCUGGCCUGGAAGCUGCGUUAGGAGCGAGCGGCGGCGGCGGCGGUGGCGGCAGCUCCGGAGUGCUAUGACCGGCAAACUCGCCGAGAAGCUGCCGGUGACCAUGAGCAGUUUGCUAAACCAACUGCCUGACAAUCUGUACCCCGAGGAGAUCCCCAGCGCGCUCAACCUCUUCUCCGGCAGCAGCGAUUCCGUAGCCCAUUACAAUCAGAUGGCUACAGAGAAUGUGAUGGACAUCGGCCUGACCAACGAGAAGCCCAACCCAGAACUCUCUUAUUCCGGCUCCUUCCAGCCAGCCCCUGGCAACAAGACCGUGACCUACUUGGGAAAGUUCGCCUUCGACUCCCCUUCCAACUGGUGCCAGGACAACAUCAUUAGCCUCAUGAGCGCUGGCAUCUUGGGGGUGCCCCCGGCCUCAGGGGCACUCAGCACGCAGACCUCUACUGCCAGCAUGGUGCAGCCACCGCAGGGCGACGUGGAGGCCAUGUAUCCGGCGCUGCCGCCCUAUUCUAACUGCAGUGAUCUCUACUCGGAGCCUGUGUCUUUCCAUGACCCCCAGGGCAACCCCGGGCUCGCCUAUUCCCCCCAGGAUUAUCAAUCGGCCAAGCCGGCCUUGGACAGCAAUCUCUUCCCCAUGAUUCCUGACUACAACAUAUACCACCACCCCAAUGACAUGGGCUCUAUUCCGGAGCACAAGCCCUUCCAGGGCAUGGACCCCAUCCGAGUCAACCCACCCCCUAUUACUCCCCUGGAGACGAUCAAGGCCUUCAAAGACAAGCAAAUCCACCCAGGCUUCAGCAGCCUGCCCCAGCCGCCUCUCACGCUCAAGCCCAUCCGGCCCCGCAAGUACCCCAACCGACCCAGCAAGACCCCGCUCCACGAGAGGCCCCACGCGUGCCCAGCGGAGGGCUGCGAUCGCCGCUUCAGCCGCUCGGACGAGCUAACCCGGCACCUGCGCAUCCACACUGGCCACAAGCCCUUCCAGUGUCGGAUCUGCAUGCGGAGCUUCAGCCGCAGCGACCACCUUACCACUCACAUCCGCACGCAUACGGGAGAGAAGCCCUUUGCCUGUGAGUUCUGCGGGCGCAAGUUUGCGCGCAGCGACGAGCGCAAGCGCCAUGCCAAGAUCCACCUCAAGCAAAAGGAGAAGAAGGCGGAGAAGGGGGGUGCGCCUUCCACGUCCUCAGCGCCCCCAGUGUCCCUGGCCCCUGUGGUCACCACCUGUGCCUGAGGCUCGGGGCCCCAGAUUUCCACUUUUCCCCUCCAGUGUCUCCCUGCUGCUAACCUGAAAGCAGCGGGAAAGCUAGCCACGGAGGUGCAGGGGUGGCACCCUGGCCUCUCCAUGGACGUAAGGUCCCUUGUCCCCCUUCGAAGUCCCCCGUUUCCACCCUUUCACACUGGCCAACAGUCGGGGGCCAGGGCAGGAGGCGCCUUGUCCCCCCACCCCUUUUGCCAAGGCGUGGGAGGUGGAAAGGUGGCGUCUAGCCCGCUUUGUUCAGUUCGGAUCGUCUUGAUCCAGGGGCCUCUGGGUCGCUCCAAGGACCUGCGGGGGACUGAAGGCGGGGCCCGCCUAAGCCUCUUCUGACCUAAGCACCUCACGGGUCCCCCCAGGUCUCCUUCGGUUCUCCCUCGAAGGAAGAUUGGAGACGGGGGAGAGGGUAAGCAGCGCUCCAAAGCGCAGAGCUUGCUGCCUGCCGCACGCACGCGCGCCUGCGUGCGGGGAUGCGCGCGAGUGUGCGUGCUCGCGUGAGUGUAUGCGCGCGUGCGUGUGUGUGUGUGUGUGUGUGCGCGCGCGCGCACGCCUGUGUGUCAGACUCUUGAGCUGAACUGGGCUGUGUCCACCCCAACUCUUCCCUACAUCGGGUCUCCAGGCCCUUGGGGACUGUCCCAGGCUGGGGGCCUGCACGUGGCCAGAUGAGACGGGUCUUCCAUCUGCUCGGAAAUAAUGUUUCUCACAGAAAUGCCUCGGAUGCCACUGCCGCGGCGCCGCUACUGCCUCUUAAAAUUUGGUCCCUCCCUCGGAACCUCACCUUUUCCGAGCACUUCCCUGUUAGGCCUCAGAGCAGUUUGAUUUGCGGGGAGAAGCAGCUAUCCCUGAACCUGUCUUUUUAAAAAUUAUUUCCUCAGCCCCACUUUUAAAAAAUCUAUGUUCUGAGUUUGCCCUCUGCCCUUCCCCCGCCCUUUCCCCCUUCUCCCCGCUAAGCCUUCUCCCAUCUUGUUCAAAAUUUUUUCCCGGAAAGGCAGGCCUCAACCGGCCACCCCACUCCACCACCUUGGGGUCCUCUCCCACUCACAUCCCCACGUCUUCUCCCCACCUUGGUGGGGAAGCAAGCUCCUGUUUUGCCCUUAGUCACCAACAGAUAGACUUCAAAUCUAUGUAUGUGGUGUGUGUGUGUGUACACACAUAUAUAUACAUAUAUGAAAUACACAUGAUAUGUAUUCCUAGCAAAAUACAAUUUCUAAGGUACCUGGCCGUCCAGUGCAGUGCACUGGAAUAAAAUGGUUUAUUUUUUAUGAAAAAUUUAACUGAUGAAAUUAUAUCUAUAUAUGUGUGUGUGUGCGAGUAUAGAUGCGUGCAUAUAUCUAUGUUGUGUAUGUAUAUACACAUACAUAUCCAUGCAUACACAUCUCUGUCCAAGUUCUCCCCCUGAGACAUGGGGAUUUUUGCGUUUACCCAUGUUGAUUAACGAGGCGUAUCUUUUCCAUGCCCCCCUCUCACCUUCUCCCCGCCCUACCUCACCUCCUCUCAGGCACCCCUGCCCCCAGCCCGGCUCCACCCAGGGGCGACUCGGAGGAGCGGAGCGGUAGGGAAGGCUGCCCUGUGACACAGCUCCCAGCGCAGGCCUGGCUGAAUGUACUGUUCCCUGUUCGCACUAUUUCUCCUGUGGCCAGUGAGCUGCCCAGAGAGGAGGAACAAAGGUCUGGAGUUUACAGAAUGUCUGUUUUUAAAGUCACUUUAUGCAUUACUCACCUUUAUUUUUUUUU